GCGGCGGCGAGGGGCGGCGGCGCGCCCCGGCAUGGGCAGCCGCGGGGCCCGGCGAUGAGCGCUCCCCCGGCCGCGACCCCCCGCGCGAAUAUGGGCACAGCCGUGUCCAAAAGGAAGACGCUCAGGAACGAGGCCAUGUCGUCCGUGGCGGCCAAAGUGAGAGCGGCGAGGGCUUUUGGAGAAUACCUUUCACAAAACCAUCCUGAAGGCAGAAACGGCUCAGAUCACCUGCUGGCAGACUCCUACAUCGGGCAGGAGGACUCCCCUGAGAUGCAGCAGGCGGCCCAGAACAAGCGCAGGCUCUCGGUCAUCUCGGACGGCAAAUUCGAGAGGAGCUUCACCGAGGAGCAGGCGGAGAAGAUGCCGAGCGAGGGCCCGAAGCCACGAGUCUACACCAUCUCCGGCGAGAGGCCGAUGCUGUCGGAGCACGAGAAUGACAGCAUGGAACUGGUGGUGAUGAAGGGGGCUGCCCACGAGGAGUGUCACCACGGGCACCACGGGCACGGCGCCGGCGGCUCGCACGGCGUCCGGCACUGCAAGGCCUGGCCAGGCGGCCGCCAGGGCUCCAAGGAGUGCCCCAACUGCACCAGGCUGGCUGCCCCUUCCCAGCAAUCCAUUGAGCUGGAGCAGCACCCACCUGGCGAGGCUGGGUGGCACAGGAAAAGGCUGGAGAGGAUGUACAGUGUCGAUCGAGUGUCUGAUGAUGUCCCCAUACGAACCUGGUUCCCAAAAGAGAACCUCUUCAGCUUUCACACUGCUACUACAACUAUGCAAGCCAUCUCGGCGUUCAGGGGCUACGCAGAGAGGAAGAGACGGAAACGAGAGAAUGAUUCUGCAGCUCUUAUCCAGAGGAAUUUUCGGAAGCACCUCCGCAUGGUGGGGAGCCGAAGGGUUAAAGCACAAACAUUUGCCGAACGGCGUGAGAGGAGCUUCAGCAGGUCCUGGAGUGACCCGACUCCCAUCAAAGCUGAUUCCUUCCAUGACUCUCGAGAAAGCCAUGACCUUCAGGAUUCCUGCGGGACUCUGGAUGGUGAUUUUGACUUGAACUGGGAAGCAGAAAAGGAACUUGAAGCCAUGGCAUGUGACGGAGAAGACUUUAUUCCACCAAAAAUAAUGCUCAUUUCUUCCAAGGUGCCCAAAGCAGAGUAUGUCCCAACAAUUAUCCGCAGGGACGACCCCUCCAUCAUCCCCAUCCUCUACGACCAUGAACAUGCCACCUUUGAUGACAUCCUGGAGGAAAUAGAGAAGAAACUUAACAUUUAUCGGAAAGGCUGCAAGAUCUGGAAGAUGCUGAUAUUUUGCCAGGGAGGCCCUGGGCACUUGUACUUGUUAAAGAACAAAGUCGCCACUUUCGCCAAAGUGGAGAAGGAGGAAGAUCUGAUCCUCUUCUGGAAGAGGUUGAGCCGGCUGAUGAGUAAAGUCAAUCCUGAACCAAAUAUCAUCCACAUCAUGGGCUGCUAUGUUCUUGGAAACCCCAAUGGGGAGAAGCUAUUUCAGAAUCUGAAAAACUUAAUGAAUCCUUAUAGGGUUGCCUUUGAGUCUCCACUUGAACUAUCAGCUCAAGGUAAGCAAAUGAUUGAGACUUACUUUGACUUCCGCCUUUACCGCCUCUGGAAGACCCGCCAGCACUCCAAGCUAUUGGAUUACGAUGACAUUUUAUGAGCUGGAGAAGACUUUGCGAGAGGAAGCUCAUCACCAGUGUCCAAGAAGUCAUGCUUUAUUGCAGAGAGACUUUUUUAUUGGCACAGGGAGCCCUUCACAGCCCUACGGGAGGCAGCAGCGCUAAAGGGAGGGAAGGAGGAGCCCUCAGAAGUGUCGGGAGGAAAAGUCUCCUGGGCCAAGAGAGACUGGAGGGAAGGGGGUGCCAGUGACACCUCGCUGGCCUCAGUCCGAGCCGUGGGGCCUCAGGAGGAGCUGUGUGAAACGAGGACAGGAUGGAGUUCCUGGCAGAACUGAGCUGUUUUGGGUCAGAAUGGGCCAGAUUUGAUUCCAGGUCCUUUUAAAGACUUUUGAAGCUCAGGUUUUCUUAUAAAAAACCCACAAACCCAGUUAACCCGUGCACUACAGUGAAGAAGUCACCAGAGCACAGAGGGAGCAGGGGGUUGUCCUGGUGGGACCUUCUGUGCUGGGAGUUCUGGAGAGCAAGGACUGCUACACCUACUCCUGCAAGCUUAGAGCAAGAUGAUCCCGUUUCCAUGUGAAUAUAUACUGGGAUAUAGAAUUGAAAUCUUCUUUUUUUGUUUGUUUGUUUUGUUUAAUAGAAAAUAAGUGCAAUUUUUAUAGCGAGGGAGGGGGUAAAAUCCCUCCUGAUAUUUAACUAGUUAAAACUAACAGACCAUAACCAAUAGAUGAGGUAUUUUCAGUCUGCUUGAAAAUAUAUUCAGAAUGGUAAUAUAUCUUCUGUAGACAUAUUUAAUCACCAGCAAACAUGGUUUUAACGUAAGUUAGCAGACCCUGCAUGUCUGCUGCAUUGGUUUGGUUCGUUCCUUUCAGAGUAGCUGUGCUGCACUACCUGUACCUGCUCUCACGAAUGUAUAGUUCUCCUCCAGUUAGCCACAACUUCAUUACUUUCUAUUUUGCUGCUUGCAAAACUAUGGGACUUUAGUUUUGCUGAAAUACUUUAGGUUAGAAACACGGGAGCUGGCUGGGAAGCCUCGGUCAGGCUCGCUUUGGUAUAAAAAUGAAUUAGAAAUUAACAGCCAUGGUAAUUAAUUGUUCAUGCCAGUGUUUUGCUGUGUGUUGGCAGAGGAGCUCUCUUCCCGUGUGGGGAGCACUGAGGCAUUGGCAGAAAUGCUUCUGGAGGGACACAGCACGGCCUUGGAGCAUGAGUUUGCCUCUUCCCUUUGUUCACUUGAUUGCCAGUUGUUUGUGCAGAACCCGCCCCUGUCCCCUGCUACAGGACCUGCUUCUUGGUCUGAGCUGCUCAGCCCCUUCCUGUGUAGGACAGAGAAAACCCCGAGCUCUGUCAGAGCAGCCUGAGGGCCCAGGUCUGUACUUGGUAUUUGAUGGUACCUUUUGGAAUCUAUUCAUUUUUUGUUUGGUUAGGUAAGGGGUGCUGUUUUGGUUUUGGGAAUGGGGCUUUUUUCACAUUCUGCUGUCCUUUCAGAGGACAAAUAGUACUUAGAGUCUGUGUAGGUCACUGGCAAUUCUGGGAGGUGACACAAGUUAUUUCUUCACAAGCAAAGGAAGUAGCAGGGAAGGAUUACCUUAUUUUCCUGGUUUCCUGGUAUCUAAAAUUUGUUGAUUGUGAAGGAAAAUAUAUGUACAAAUCUUCUUUUAACUACUUACAAAGAGAACUAGGUGUUCUGAUCUGUGGAGUCCUCCUUCCCCUGUGCCAUACCUGUGGUUGUAAUUUUGGGGAGCAGGCCCCUGGCUAGAACUGCUGAACCCUUUACAUUUAGAGCAGUUUUAUAGCAAAACUUUUGAAGAAAUAAUGUACAUACAGUAAGGAGAGGAAUAGGUGGAGAGAGAUGGUUUAAAGUCACUGAAAGCCACACAGACAGGUGUGGGCUGUUGCCUCCCCCUGGUUGGGAGCUUUGGUAGCCACAUCUCAUCCCUGGACUCAGUCAGGUUUGCCAGACUUACAGUGAAGGGGAGAACAGGUACCAGUCUGUAGCUUUUGGAAGAAAAAGCCAGAUGGAAAAAAAAAAGAACCCGAAAUUUAUGCCAAUUACUAUUUAACAUGGGAGCUUCCACCAGCUCUGUGGUGAGAGGUGGGAGCCAGAGGUGCAAUGGAAGCACAGAGUCACGUUAUCUGGAGAAGGAAGUGGUGGGAGAAUUAAAAUGCUGACACAAAACUCUCUCCCUUUCUGACCCUUUCACCUCCUAACUGGAGACAGGCAAACUGUUCUUCCUUCCUCUUUCUCAAAUCCCAAUUCAGUGAACUUGGUAGCAUGAAUGUAGCAUUGUGGAAUUAUUGAAAAUCUUAUUUAACCCCCAAAGGGCCCAUUUAUGUAUCCACUUGAGUGAUUUCUCUGUAGAACUAUUGUAUAUCCUCACUGACCGCUUGUAGUACUUGGGGUGCAAAGUAGAAGGUAGAUUGUACAGUAAUUCCUGUGGGAAGGUGUGUGUUGGAAUGGACACUAUGGACUGUUUUCCUGGUGCAGUUUAUGGGAUAAUGACAACUGAUGAAGGCAUUUCCCUCCAAAGAUCUAUAUUCCUCAUAGCUUGUGAUGUUUAUGACAUGAACAUAUUUUUUCCUUUGUAGCAUUCCUUUGCCUAAAGAGAUGAAAUUCUCUCAGAGCUGGGAUUGGAAUAGAGUUGUGAUCUUUGAUGUCCUGUGUGUGGCAGCAUUCUUGGCAUUAACCACUGGGGACAGAGGAAAACACUUUUAUUCCCCUUUUUCACUGGUGGAGUUUUUCAGGUGGCUGCUGGGAAAGGAAGGGGUCAGCAGAGGAAAAUAAAAACUGUAAUUGUUUAAACUUUAGAGGUAAAAAUAGAAACUGGAACUUCCUCAGUCAGACCAACCUGUCAAGGAUGAGCCCAGCAUGGUCCCAGCCAGGACAGCUCCGAGGCCCAGUGUGUUCCUCACCCCCUGUGCCCCUGCAGCAUCUCCUGGGAAUGCCAGGGCAGCAUCCAUGGGCUCAGUUCCCUGUGCCCCUGCAGCAUCUCCUGGGAAUGCCAGGGCAGCAUCCAUGGGCUCAGUUCCCUGGGCCCCUGCAGCAUCUCCUGGGAAUGCCAGGGCAGCAUCCAUGGGCUCAGUUCCCUGGGCCCCUGCAGCAUCUCCUGGGAAUGCCAGGGCAGCAUCCAUGGGCUCAGUUCCCUGGGCCCCUGCAGCGUCCCCCCAGCGGUUCUGGGGCUCCCUGCAGUGCCCUGCCCGGGGCAGCUGUGGCUGCAGGGCACAAAGGACAAUCUGUCCUUCCGCUCCUGCCUGCUCCUUCAGCCCUCACCACCCUGCUCUCGGGGCGUGUCUGACACCAGCUCUCUCCUGUGCCGCCGGCAGUUCCGUGUGACUGGGCUGGGUGAGGGCUGAGCAGCAGCAGCUCCAUCCCCACUGCCCUGUCCCACCAGGGAGCUGCUGCUGCUCUUGUGUGCUCUGAAUUGCCUUUAGCAGGGGCAGGAGACUGGGGCUGCCUGGUUCACUUAAGAGAAGCAGCUCAAACCCAGAUGGCUGAAUCGUGUGCCAGCCCUGGCUGUUCACCAGCCACGGGUGGGGGGUUUGUGCUGCCCUUGCUGGAGGCGGUGUUGGAAGUGACCUCCAGGCCUUGCCUGGGUAAAUGUGUUAUCACACCUGUUAAAUGUGAUAAAUGUCUUAUGGCCUGGGCUGGCAGUGUCACCUUUGGGAGAGGAGGGUGGCAGGAAAGGGCCUCAGCUGUCCCAGCCCUGCUCCUCAGCCUGGCUCACAUGCUGGGAGUGGCCCUGAGGAUGUUCUCUGGUGCCUGCAGGGAAUGUUCACUCGGCUGGAGAGGCCCAGGGGGUUCAUUGGCUCUGUGGAUGUGCCACUCUUCCUACACAGGGGCUUUCAGAGAGGCUUUUCUCUUUUCCUCUUGUUUGGCUGGGAAGGAAAGAAGAAGAAAAUUCAAGUUACCCGUGGGAUGUAGAAACAGGUAGAAACACAUAAAGCUUUUUGCACCUCUGCUCAUGCUGCAGCCACCAGCUUCCCCUUGCAGCUGACCUCCAGGCCUGGGGUGGGAAACACGAAUUCCCAGAUAAUCCCUUCCUGUUGAAAAAACAAAAGCAGAAAAAUCCUUGUAGCUCCAGCAAAACCUCUGACUGCAAAAGGCACCCAGCUGGUGUGAGGACUCUGCUGUAGGAUCCCACCUGAGCCUGUGGAGGGGCUUGGCCUCUGUGCAGGAAACUGGGAAGGAAUUUCUUCUUCAUUCCUCAGCCUGGAUUUGCUGCCUGGAGCUCAGCACAGGGUUCCUGUUUCUAGUGGUGUGUCCAUGUGCUCUGUCCCGAGCUGGUGGGAUGCUCUGUGUGCAGGGCAGUGUGAGGCAGGGAUGUGUCCGGCUGCGUGAGCAGCGCUCCGGAUCCUGGCACAGAUCUACCCCACAAAUAGCUCCUGCUGCUCCUGCCUUGCUGACCUGUGCCUGGGAGUUCCUGUUCCCAGGCUCUGCUGGCAGGGCUGCUCGGCACCCUCAGCAGCACAAGUGGGGUUGGCUGAAAGAAUGGAAAAUGCUGGUUUUAAACAGCCAGCCUGGCUGUUUUCCCUCCCUGGGAAUGGGAGUGUGGUCCUUAAUCCUGAUCCCAUCCUUAAUCCCACUGGAGGUGGAAUGACAGGCUCACUCUGCUCUCUUGGUCUGAGUGUAAACAUUCAGCCCCUCACAAGCCAGUUGGAGUCACACUUGGAUAUUAUAAAUGUGUCAGUCCAGGAUAAGAUACGUUAAUUACUGUAUGAGUGAGAAAAUGCUUCCAGGGCCCUUCCAGUUGGCACCUGCUCUCAGAACCCUCCACUGGGGAUGUGCUGGGCCGUGUCCUCCUUCUUGGGGGACCGGGCCCCACUGCCAGGUGGGCUCAGGUAAAGCUCAGCUCAGGUCAAGCUGAGUUGCUCUGUGCUCUGGGUUUUGCUGUGCCAGUCUCUGGAGCUGGGGACAGCCCUUCCCGAGGAUCCCAGUGUCCUCCCAAGGGAUACUGAGUGGUGAUGUCAUUUUCCACGUCAUCUGUAAAGACUUGUUUGUGAUCCUGUAUUUUGUCCCACUGACCACAGCGUAUCCCUGGCUUUCUGCAUCUUCCAUGGAAGUGUUUUUUAAUUCUCAUUCUGGAAAUACAAGCCAAAGUCAACUGGAAACUGUUACUGGCUGAGUCAGCCUGUUAAUGAUCUCCUCUCUGGGAGCUGGGGGAGUAAAUGGGUGGUUUGAUGGCUGUGACCCUGAUUGGGAUCAUUGUUAUUCCCAGGUGCUCCUGCUGUGUCACCGGCACAGUUCAUAGUAAGAUAACCUCUUGCUGGGCAGUGCCUGAGCUAUCAGGGAGCACCAGGAGCCAGCAGCAGCUUUGGUUCAGAAAUAACUUCAGCCCAAUUUACUGCCAGUCGGUGUGAGAAAUGUAAAGACUGAAAGGAAUAAACAUUGUGGACAUUAAAUGUAAAGAAUCUGUCUGAAGAGAAACUACAUUGCUUCUUUCCAUAAAUGUUUAGUAAAUAUUAAAGAACUAAUGCAACCUAA